AUGGCCGAUCCGGGUAUGUUCUCGGCGCGCCGCCAGACUUUGGGCCCCGUCAACAACAACGUAUCCGCCAUUCCUAUGCCAGCUUCCGCCAUGAAGCGCCAGAGCUCCGUACAUAAUAUGCAACCUAAUCAGUUCCCUCCGAACCAUGCGCGAUCGCAGAGCGGGAGUAGAAUGUCCCUCGCGCCUGGUCGACCCAGUCAACAACUCUUUCAACGCUCCUCUUCCGGUACAAAUCUCGCCGAAGGCUUCCAGUCAGUACACCGCAACUCGACUAGUAAUUUCGCAGCAAGCAGCGCGCGCAAGAGUUUCGCACCAGGCGCUUCCAUCUUCCAAACACCAGCAUCCUCCUCAGGCCCUACCUUUGAACAAAGCGCACAACGGAGAAGCAGUGUAUUCAAAUCGCGGACAUCACAUGCACCUGGUCAAUCAGGCAUCAAGCAAUCCUUCUUCCAGACGGCACCUUUGCCGUCGGUUCCUCCUGCGGAUCCACGACGACUCAAGGAUCCAAGCACGCGCUCGCAUAUGGCACAGGAACUGAUGGAGUACCUGACACACAACAACUUCGAGAUGGAGUCCAAACAUGUGCUCUCAAACAAAGCCAUGACUUCGCCGACCCAGAAGGACUUUAACUGCAUGUUCCAAUGGCUGUACAACCGCAUCGACCCAAGCUACCGCUUCCAGAAGUCGAUCGAUCAAGAAGUGCCUGUGUUGCUCAAGCAAAUGCGGUACCCUUUUGAAAAGUCCAUUAUGAAGUCACAAAUUGCAGCUGUUGGCGGUAACAACUGGUACACGUUUCUGGGACUGCUUCAUUGGAUGAUGCAACUCGCACGCCUUAUGCAGGCAUACGAGGCUGGUACAUACGAUGAUGCGUGCUUCGAGGCAGGUUUCGAUGUUUCUGGAGACCGCAUCAUCUUCGACUUCCUGUCAGAUGCUUACAGCACCUGGUUAUCAGCGGAUGACGAUGAUGAUGACGAAGAGGCACAAAAGAAGCACAUGGAGCCUCACAUUAGGACAAUGGCCGCCAAGUUUGACGCGGCAAACGCUCAGCACCUCGAACAAGUCAACCUUCUAGAGGCCGAGCACAAGUACUUGCAGGAUCAAAUAGAGGAGCUAGGAAAGUCUGGUCCACGGAUACAGAAGCUCGAGGAGCAAAUCCGAAUCUUGGAGGAGGACCGUGUCAAGUUUGAAAACUACAACAACUCAAUGGAAUCCAAGGUCAAGAAGUACACUGAUCGAUGCUCUUUCUUGGAGAAGUCGAUUGAAGAGAUUGAGGCUGAGCUGGAGGCAUCAGAGAAGGAGCAGCAAGAGCUUCAAGCCAUCAUUGACGGCCGAGGCAUGACCAUCGCGGACAUUGACCGCAUGGCCAACGAACGGGACCGCCUUGACUCUUCUCUUCAGGCGACAUCAGCACGCCUCGAAGAGUCCAAGAAGCGUGUUGCUGAAAAGGAGAUUGCUGCCUCACGAAAGCUCGACGAGCUUGAACAGACUAUUGAGCGCUACAACAACCUUGGCUAUCAAAUCGGCGUCAUCCCCUCAACAGCCGUCAACGCAAAGGGCCAAGAUUACGAACUCGUCCUUACCAUAACGGACGCACCCAACUUUUCCGGCUCCCAAAUGGGCGGCUCAUCACAAGACGCCUCCGACCGUCUCCUUCACGACUCCGGGACAGGAUACUCCCCCGCCCACCUCCUGAACCUCGAUCUCCGCGGCACCGUAAAAGCCAACAUCCUCUCUCUCCGCAAGGAAAUCGCCGAGCGCCGCAACCAAGCGCUUGAAGCCGACAUGAACAACCACGACCUCCUGGACAAGAUCAAAGAAGCUAUGGACGACAAGCAAGCCGAAGUCGAAGCCCUAGGCCACCGUGUCGCGCAAGCAGAAGAAGAGCUAGAGAAGCUACGUGAAAUCACCAACACGCAAAAGAGCCAGUCCGACGCUCAGAUUGAGCGCAUGGAGAAGGAAUUAGGUCGUAUGCGUAGCGGACUUGGUGAAUCAGUUCAGUUAAUGGUUCAGCGCGAAAUGGCCGUUAAUAUCGAAUACGAACAACUCCAACUCCGCGCCAACGCCCUCCGCGAGGAACUUCACACAGAAAUCGAGCGCAUGCUCGAUGACAUUGUGCGCUUCAAGCUGCACGUGCAAAAAUCGCUAGAAGAGUACGAGCAGUUUAUCGCUGAUGAAGUUGAGCGAUCCUGUGAAGAACAGGACCUCCUCGCUGCGCAGGAUGACGAUGAUGCCGAGGGUAUCGAGAAGGAGGAAGAAGAAGAUGAGGAAAUGGAGGAUGCAUAG